GGACAGCAACGCGCAGCUCUCCUUUCAACUAGGUUACCAUUCGGGAAUUUUUUGGUCUGUGGGAUUGAGUGCAAUUUGGCAUCGUCUGGUUGAAGGGGCGACGAAAAGAUUGGGAAAGAGGACAAAACGAAUUGGAACUACGGUCAUAACUUUGUGAACCACAGUCACUCGUAGCCAAAUACCCAUAUUUCCCCACACAACGCAUCACAAGUCACAAUGGCAACAACAGCCGCCUCCCUAUCCGCUACAGACGACUCCUUCCAAAAUGGCGCUCCACACCCGUCUAAUCACAACCCAAUAGCAGAGUCAGACACACCACGCACUUCAUCUCCCGAACCCGAUCAGGUCUCUGACGACGAGUCCAGUUCAUUCAAAACAAUCUUUGACGAUCCGAAGAACUUCAAUGCAAAGCAUCCUCUCCAAAACAGAUGGACAAUGUGGUUCGAUAAUCCUGGCAAGAGGACGAACCAGCAUAACUGGUCGAAUAAUUUGAAGAAUUUGAUCACAGUCGAUACCGUUGAAGAUUUUUGGGGUGUCUACAACAAUGUCGUCAAGGCCUCGCAACUGACUCACGGCUCAAAUUAUCACAUAUUCAAAGAAGGCGUUCAACCCAUGUGGGAAGACCCUCACAAUGCAAACGGCGGGAAGUGGGUAGUGCAAUUACCAAAGAGUAAGCGCAGCGAGUUGGAUCAAAUGUGGCUGUUUUCGGUCCUAGCAGCCAUAGGGGAAACGUUCCCUGAUAGCGACGAAAUAUGCGGCAUUGUCGUAUCUAUUCGCAAACAACAGGACCGCCUUUCACUCUGGACGAAAUCCGCUCUUGACGAAGACAAAUGCAGAGCCUCUGGUCAACAUUGGAAGGGAGUCUUGGGUUUGGGAGAUGGCGAGAAGAUUGGAUAUCAAGCACAUUCGGAUGCAUUGAGAAAAAAUUCCAGCUUCUCGAACCAGGACAUGUAUACAGUAUAAAGCGAUAGCUGGGAUAUACUCAGGUUACCGCGUCCAGAUUUUCAUCUUCUUGUACCGCGACCUGUAUCCAUGAACCAACGAUCCAUCAAAGAUGUAAUCUGCCGCUUCACUGUUGGCAUUUGCUUCCCUUUCUAUUUUCUUCGUCCUCUGCGAGGGGUUUUGUCAUGGGUGAAUGGUUGCAAAUGUUGGCUGAGAGAAACACGUAGCUUAUUUUAUUGGGCUGAUGGGGGUAGGUGGGCACUUGAGGGAUGGGGGUAGUAUGCGUGGCACUUUCUUUUACUUUCUUUUUUUAUUCGUUGCGCUGUGUGGGAUAUAGCAUUGUGUGUACGUUAUUUCUUGUAUGAGAACAGAAAAAUCUCUCAUGAUUGUGCUGACAUAAUUGACUUUUAAUAUUUGCGGCGUCAAAGCGCGAGCCUUCUCGUCGUGUUCAUUGCACCUACGAAAAUCAACGUGCCCUGUGUGUGCACCGUCAAGACAAUGGCCUCUAUUCGCGCGACGGUGCGCACCUUUUUUUCCCCUGUCUUGUCCCUAUAUAGCACCCUACGGAACCUCACCCUUACCUAUGGCCCUGCCUGGCUUGUCGUCUCCCAGAUCCACUCCUGGAUCCAUUUUCUCCUCCUCUACCUGUACCUCCACACUACAAACACCGACGUAGUCUCUCUAGUGCAGUACUACAACUUCGGACCCGAAAUGGAACGCGUUGCCGCGACUAGCGGGCAUUUCGCGCUGGCUGUACUGGGAAAUCGGGUACUCAGUCCAGUGAGGCUUGUACUGAAUUUGUUGAUCAUGCCCUUUGUGGCGCCAAAGAUGAAUGAACUUUUGGGACGAUGGAGAGUAUGGGUGAAGCGGCGGUGGGGGAGUCGCAAAAAAGUAGAGGUGUGAGAGUCGUCAAUAGAGUACAUAUUAGCGUCGUUGCUUGUCGGUUGCUAUGUCCGGUUGCUAUGACCGAAAGCAUGUCAAAUCACCUCAUCCAAUGGAACGGCCUGC